AUGUUCACUGAAAGCAUGAGCAAUGAGGCAUUCGCAUCUAAAGAUUUCUUCAUUUACGCUGAAGCAGAUUGCAAAGGUGAAAGCUCCGUGAGACUUGUACACUCGAAGGCUUCUUGUCAUUGGAGACUCUCAAAGUCCAUUUCAACCGACGAAAAUGUGCCGCAAUACUUUCAUUGUCUCGACCUACUAACGAACAUUGCACCAGUGUCUCGUGAUGGGAUACUCCAAGUUGAAGAUGGUAGCAUCACUGACGGUUCCUCCCCAAGAGCCACUGGUACUGCGCUUGAGCAUCUUGUGCAGACAUGCUACAAGAUACGAGGGAUACCAGCCCAACAGGGCCUUUGUGUAGUUACAAAACUUAUACUUGUCACUCGCAGUGGCUAUCUGUGCAGGAACGACAUUUUGGAAUUGAGGAUGCGUCAUUCCGAGUUCAUUGAAUCUGUAAUUCCGUUAUCUGCCGCUGGCGGUUAUAUUCCCUUGGUCGAACCACUCGGAGAGACUCAUCUUCUGGCACUGUUUACCUCUUCGCCCGGCGCUUUGCUUGUGGACGAAAAGCCUACUACUCCAAGUCAUGAGAUGGUAAAGAGUCUGGACCAGGACCUCCAGGCACGACCAUCAUUUGAUUGGGUGCUCCAGACCAAGCCUCAGGCACGUAAGGUUGCCAUGGUAGGGGGACGAGCCAUGUACGACCCAAAGAAGAUGUCUUUUUGCUCUCAGGGGGCACUUGAGGCUGCUCAGGCUCUUGGAAUCUCAGUCGUUGUUGUCGAUAAGCCGGGCCAUUGGCUUCAAGAUGAGACAUAUUCUUGUCUUCAGGAUGAAUUUGUCGCCAUUGACACUACCAUUGAUGAGGGGCUACCAUCAAGAAUUGCGGAAGCUGUCAGAGACAUGGGCAUCGAUGGCAUAACCACAUUCACAGAUGAUUUUUUAGAUGCAACCGUACGAGCAGCCGAAAAACUGAGCCUUUCAACAGAGCCUACCUUGGCUUAUGCACAGUCACUUAACAAAUACGUAACACGCAAGUUGGCCAGCCCAAAUGCCCAAGCCCUGCGCCUUGACAACGCAGGCGGCGGUUCUAGGGGAGUCAGCAAAGUCCUCUUUUUCGAACUGAGUGACGAGUUCCCCUGUCUUGCUGAUGCGGAAGAUGCGACGGUUUCUGAUAAUUUUGCUGAAGAUAUAGGGGUCUAUCCUAGUAGACUAGAGCCUGAGGAGAGGGACCUGGUCCGUCCACCUUUAUACCGAACCAUUUUGCAGCUGGGCUUCCGUUCAGGUGUUUUCCAUGUGGAGGCCCGGGUGCAGAAUUUGACAAUGCGCUACAAAACAACCAACGGUAUAGUUGACUUAGACUACGUCACUGCCGACUCAGCAACCCCACUGUCUAUACUCCGUACAUAUGAUGUUGACUUCUCUAGCCUUCAGUGGCUCCAGGCCAUCGAUGACACCGAGCGCUUCGCGGCUCUAUGUCAUCCUUUUACCUACUCUUCCCAGUACUGCUCUGCGGAUGUGAAUAUUCCUAUCCACCGAAGGAAUAUUCACGUACCAAAAGUCUACUACGACGAGAUGCUAGGCUCCCAGAGAUCGCCCCAUACGUUUUUAAAACAGAAUGUUUUACUCCAGCGAAGACCUUGUCGCCGCCGUUAG